AUGUGGGCCUUUUUGGUGCUCACGCUUGCUUUGACUGCCCGGGCGUCUGAGACAAGCAACAACACAGUGAAGGAAGAGAAGCCUGUGAUAGCCAGGGCCAAACUAAUGGCUCCCAGUGUGGUCGGAUGAUCCAUAAAGAAAUUGCCCGAGCUCUAUCAUUUCAUCAUAGAGCGAUCGGCUUUAUACCACAACUUGGAAUACGACUCAUCCGAGGAGAAGAAGCCCCGUCUGAUCUUCUAUAAUGAAAAAGACGAGGUUGUAAAGACGGUUCCUGUGAAGAAAAUGAAGUCAGACGAGAUCAGCAGCCUGCUGGACUCUCUGGGCUUCUACAAGAGGUCCCAGAAAGGGGAAGAGGUGCCAGAAGAGUUCCAGCACUUCCCCCUCAGAGCCCCCAGGGACGAGCUGUGAUGCCCCCUGGUGGCCACACUCCGCUUCUGCACCCAUCCAUGCAUCCAUGACGGGUGGAGCCACAAGGCCGGGACCCUGAAGGCCAGGCUGCA